AUGGAAUGUCUUUAUCAAUAUACCAUUAAACAUGGUCUCGAUCCAGAGAAAUUUUCGAUUGUUACGGAAGCUGAGAAGAAAAAAGGGACUGUGAACAAGAGAAAGAGAGAUAAUCCUCUUAUGAUCGAUCCUAGAAAAUAUUAUCCAUUUCUAACAGAUCGCGAUAGAUUGAUUGGUGAAGAGCUGAUGCGACAUAAAAUCUUUGCUCAAGCUUGA